GCAACAGGAAAGUUAAGACAGCUUCGCAAUUUAAUUGGUACAUGGAAAAUUGAUAGGGAUGCUGCUAAAGAAGUUGAUGGUAUUUUAUCAAAGUUAGGAGUAUAUGAUUCACUUUUCCAAUUUGACAACUAA